AUGACUUCCACCCGAUCUUUUUCAAGGGCAGCGGGAAUUCCAUCACAGAUCUUCGUCAUCAAGCUGCGGCACUUUAUUGUGCGGUUGCAGGCGUUUCCUCACAGCAAGUGGGAGGACGUAGAGGUUGACGAAGUGGAUGUGGGAAAGCUCACGGUUGUCCUCCAUAGCGAUGGCGCCCGUGCCUACAAGCUCAAGGUUCCCGGUGUGAUGCAUUGCAACGUGGUUCACAAGAAGAAAAAAGUCAAAGUGGAUGGUAAGGUUCGAUGGGUGAAGCCGCACUACACGAAGGUUUACUCCAUCAAGUUGCCCACCGGAGACCAGAUGAAAGUCAAGUGCAAUAUGUGGACGGUUACCGGCAAAAUGCUGGAUACCUUGUUUUGGGAAUCGUGA